AUGGCUACAGAAAGAGGGCGUAAGGGACGUCCGUAUCCUUUACAAACACCAAUACCUCCCGCUUCUGCCUCGGCUGAUUCAUCUGCCUCAGUCUCACCUGCUAUAUCAUCAUUUUCAUCACCUCGCUUACAAUCCAAGCUGGUUUCAAGUUCUGCUUCUUCUCUGAUUCCUUCGCCUGGGAUUGGAAUGGGCAUUACCAUGGAGCGCGCCGGGUCUCUUCCAAGCCCACUGCGCAACGUGGAAGAGGAAUCCAACCGACGCGAUAGGGAUAUCGAAGAGGAUUAUUUUGGAUUCGACCAAGUUACAUUCGAGCCUUAUGAAAUGACUGAUGAGGAUUAUGAUCUCACAGAUCAUCCUUACCAUGCUUCUCCAAAGCGACGGCGCUCAGAGAGUUUGUCAUCUAGAGGUUUCUCCCGCUUCGGCUCGAGAAUGCCAUCCAUUUCAUCGCGUUGGAAGUCCACGACUCAAUCGUCGGAUGAGACAUAUAGUACUGGUAUUUUCAGCGACGAUUUGCGCUCACGCGCUGACUCGGCCGCGUCAUCGACAUCUCAAUUCAUUCCCAUAACUCAAGAGCCUCAGGGCUUGCUAUCGUCAGGGAACUCCCAAGAAAAGUCACGUCACAGUGGCCACAGCGUGGGCGCGAUAUCCAUUGAAAAAGCCAACAGCGGAAACACAGACGAAGAUGACGAGAUCGGAGCCAAGCCCAGCACUCCAUUGCUCCCACCUAUUUGGUCUGAAUUUCCAUCACCACUGAGGAACUCGGGGAUUGCGUCUCCACUGCAGUCUCCUUCUGUAGCCGACGUGUUUGACGAAGAUGUCUUUCCGGUUAUGACAAGUUCUCGUACAUCCAUUCACCGCUCGCCCCCAUUGUCUACAAAACCUUCGGUAGCCUCACUAGCAACAAGGACAAGAGGGAUGACUCUGCGCACAACUAUAUCUGGGGAGGGCGCUCCACCUUUGGUGCUUACCGAGGGAGAUGAUGAAUGGUCAUCUAAACUUGGACAUGCCAACUUCACCAUUCAGCCAGAACCUUAUAUUCCAGAGAUCUCUGAUGCUAUGGCGUUCCGCAAGUUUCGAGAUGACUGGGACUUGGCACGCACCAACUAUGCCAAACAUCUCGUUCGCACCGGAGAACAUUACGGGGAAACAUCAAUGAUUUACCACUUUACCAAGCAAAAGUGGGAGCUCAUUGAGCAAGAAUGGAAGGCGAAUUUGGAAUACAUUGUCACCAACGACGACAAAUUUGGUGCCAUCCUUGGAUUGACAAAGUCUAACCUGAGCCCUGCCGAGGACAUGAAGGUACCACGUCUACAUGAUAACGAGAAGUUCCCUGAACUUGGCGAUCAGGAGAUCGUGGGGCCGAUGUCGGUUGCGCCAGCGAUUCACUCAGUCAUUAGAUGCAAGUCUCCAAGACGACGAAAUGUGUUUCGCUUUUUCCAGGACCUUGUCAGCCGGACGCCACCUGGAGUUCCUGCGACGCGUGCAUAA